CGAGGACGAGGCGCCGCCGCCGCCGCACGUGGCAUCAGCUACGGUUGCUUCCCCGCUCCCACACGCAGGCAGGGCAUCCCUUCCCGGCUGCCCUGGACCGCUCGCCUUUGCCCGGGGCGCCCCUCACCUGCCAUGAUCAUGAAGGAGACCAGCGACUCCAAGGACCAGCAGCUCACGGUGGCACUUCGUAUACGGCCAAUCAGCAUGGCAGAGCUGGAAGAAGGAGCCACAGUCAUAGCCCACAAAGUGGAUGAUCAGAUCGUUGUACUGAUGGAUCCAUUGGAAGAUCCCGAUGAUGUGCUCCGUGCCAACCGCUCACGAGAGAAAUCCUAUAUGUUUGAUGUAGCCUUUGAUUUUGCUGCUACCCAGGAGAUUGUGUAUCGUGCCACCACCAAAGGCCUCAUUGAAGGUAUCAUCUCUGGGUACAAUGCUACUGUUUUUGCAUAUGGCCCUACUGGCUGUGGAAAGACCUACACCAUGCUUGGUACAGACAAUGAACCUGGCAUUUAUGUGCGGACACUCAAUGACCUUUUCCGUGCAAUCGAGGAGACUAGCAAUGACAUGGAAUAUGAGGUAUCUAUGUCCUAUCUGGAGAUUUACAAUGAGAUGAUCCGGGACCUCCUCAACCCAUCCCUGGGCUACCUGGACCUGCGUGAAGAUUCCAAGGGUGUAAUCCAAGUGGCAGGGAUCACGGAGGUCUCCACCAUCAAUGCUAAGGAGAUAAUGCAGUUGCUGAUGAAAGGCAAUAAGCAACGGACCCAGGAGCCCACAGCAGCCAACCGGACUUCCUCUCGCUCCCAUGCUGUACUGCAGGUCACCGUGCGCCAGAAGAGCCGCAUCAAGAAUAUUAUGCAGGAGGUGCGCGUUGGCCGACUCUUCAUGAUUGACCUGGCUGGCUCGGAACGGGCAUCUCAGACACAGAACCGUGGGCAGCGAAUGAAGGAGGGGGCUCACAUCAACCGCUCCCUGCUGGCUCUUGGCAACUGCAUCAAUGCUCUGAGUGACAGGGCAGGCGUCAAAUAUGUCAAUUACCGGGACAGCAAGCUCACACGCCUUCUGAAGGACUCCCUUGGGGGGAAUAGCCGGACUGUGAUGAUUGCUCACAUCAGCCCUGCCAGCAGUGCCUUUGAGGAGUCUCGAAGCACCCUAACUUAUGCUGAGCGUGCCAAGAGUAUCCGCACCACGGUAAAGCGUAACCUUCUUAAUGUCUCAUAUCACAUUGCCCAAUACACAAGUAUCAUUGCUGACCUACGAAGCGAGAUUCAUCGGCUGCAGCGCAAGAUUGAACAACAAGAACCACGCUCAAAGCGGCCUGAUAUCCGCAGUAUUCAAGCUGAAGUACAACUCCAUGGGAACUCUUUUGAGAGACAAGAGAUGGACCACCUGCGGGAACAGCUCAUCAGCACCUUCCGAGAGCAGAUGGAUGUACGGCGCCACCUCAUGGAAUUGGAGAACAACUACAUGGAGAUCCAGAUUGAGAGCUCCCGCCACCUACUCACAAUCGCUGACUGGGAACAGGAGAAGGCUUGUCGGACUCGGAAGUGGCAAGAAGAACGAAGGAAAGAGAGCUGCAACAAAGAGGAAAGUGAGAAGGACUCAGACACCGGUGAUGAUCUCUCGGACGUGCCAGAGCCACAGGAAGUGACGUCGGCCAGGGAGCACAUUGCAGCCCUCCUAGGGGAACAAGAUAAACUUCACAAACAGAAGGCGGAGCUGGAGAGGCGGUUCUGGGAGGUCCGGCAGCGUGGGCACAGGCUGGAGGAGGCCUUGCCGUGGCGCAUCAGCUCCGAAGAGCAAAGGGAAGUGCUCAGCCUCCUGUGCAAAGUUCAUGAGCUGGAGGUGGAGAACACAGCCAUCCAGUCGGGCUCCCUGCUCAAGGACAACCUCAUCCGGCACCAAGAGCGAACGGUGCGCCGCUUUGAGCGCCACCGGAGUCUUUGCCACCGCAUCAUCCACGAACAGCGGCAGAUCAUUAACGAGUCUCAGCUGUCCGUGCCGUCCCACCUGGAAGAACUGUAUCAGGCCUACCUUCAUGAGGUAGAAGAGGGAGGCUUAGACCGAGUUGCUGCCAUUGACCGAGCAGCUGCUAAGGCUCUUAAGGAUACGUCUGUGCCAAAGCUUCCCCCACUAACAGUGGAAAAUGUCGUGGAUUCUGACCAAGAGAGUGUAAGGACACAAGGCUCAGAAUAUCAGCAGCAGCCAUGGCAGGAUUCCCGGAGGGCUACUCUCCCACCCCUCGUUCCUGAGACGGAAAGUGGUGAAGCAAGUCAGGUGUUCAAGACCAGUCCCCGGGCUCGACGGAUCAAGAAUUCAGCCGUAGUGGCCCCGCCCCCUAUCCGUGUCAACGGCAUGAUCAGUCAAGAGUAUGCACCCCGAGACAGUCUGGUUAGCUUGAGUAGCCAACGAAACUCCUCCCCUGACAGCAGUGAUCACUGUUCAGACGGCAUCCUGACACAUGGAGCAGAACGCAAGGAAAUAGUUAGUGGUACCAAAAACAUCACUGUCAAGGCCGCCAGGCGGCGCUCCCGAGUGCUGGAGUCCAACCGGCUGAAUCUGCGGGAGCCAGCCAAGGAGCACAGCAGCCUGUCCCUGCACUCUUUGAGCGGGAGCGAGGACCCUCUCGGCCAGGAGACACCCGCUCUCGGCCAGCCGGCCAGCCCCAGCCUGCAGCACGCCAUCAGUGAGGACAACCUGUCCACCAGCACCGGGGAGACCAUCUCAAGGAAGAACGCCCCCAGGCGCUCCCCUGGACCCUGGCUUCGGGCCAGCAAAAAGGGAGGCAAGAAGCUUGAGAAGAGGGAAGACUCGCUAGAGGCCAAAAGGAGGAAGCGACGGUCACGAUCCUUUGAGGUCACCGGCCACAGACUCCCGUGUCCAAAGAACAACACUGGCCGCCGUCAUCCACUAGAAAGCAGUUCUGAGCACAAGAUGAUGGGGAUGGGGAUGACACACAACUCCCGCAGCACUGGAAAAGCUGCAGGGCAGUUAUCCCGGGUGAGACUUCCGGCAGCUCUGCCACCAUCAGGCCCCAGUGAGUUCUCCUCUCUUUCUAUCACCUCCAACCAAACUGGUAUCCCUAAGAAAGUCUCACAUCCCAACCAGCGCCCUCCACGCCUUAACUACAUCACCGUGAAUGGCACCAACCCUCAGGGCAAAGAUGGCAGGAACCGACGCUGCUAACAACUGAAGGGGACUGAAGCUGAUUGGGAAGCUCCAGAGAGCUGUCUUGGGUGCCCCGGCUGGGAAGCAAAGUGGCCAAAGACAUUACGGGAGGGGAGAGCUUACUGUGUCCAUAGCUGUGGCCACCCAAAGGACAGGCCCAGAAGGGUUUUGUGGCUCAUUGCAGGUGUUCCUGGUCAAGACCUUCUUGCCACCACAGAAGUCGUUUCAGCUCCUGGACUGAACCCUCCAGUCUGAAAAAGCAGGUUUCUGGAUUGACCACCCAUGCAGCCAAUACCCCAAUGACACUGCAGGACCCCUCACCCUGCAAGCACAAAGCCCUAGUUUCAACGGAAGUGUCGCAGCUGUGUUGUGCCGUUGUGCUCUGGGAGAAGAGUGCCACAAGAGCCGUGUGGGAUCCGACAGUGGAGAGGGUCAGCCCGUCUGUGCGGGCAGUAUUUUUGCAUUAAACUAAGUAGUCAAAUUGGCACCUUGAAAACUGGCACCUUUCCCUAAUGCCCCUCAAGGUGAGAGGUCUCUGGGAGUAGGAAGGGGAACGCGUGAAGCCACACAGUUUCAUGUUGCGACCACAGGGGUAGAGAAAGAAAUGGCAUGCUCUGAUUUGACUGCCCUUUUUCCAAUUGGAGGAAAUAGAGCUGUUUGCCAGCUAAGACCCAACCAUAGUUAAACGAAGGGAACAUACAAGUUUUUAAGAUGACUUGUACCUUCUGGUGUGUCUCUGAUUGGAUAGGUUGUCAUGAGGCUUCCUUCGCAGAUAAGUCAUAUGAUUCUGAGAAGUCUGUAUGAUGUGUUACAAAUGCUGCUUUUUGUGUUUUUAAUGAACUGUGACAUACCAGGAGGAAACCGGAAAUUGAACUAUGCAUUUUUUUCCCCAAUACCACCUCCUAAAACAUUAACAGAAUCCUUUUUCAGCCUCUUGUGUUCUUUCCUGCUGUCUAUGGUUGCAAAGACUCCAUUCCUGCCAAAGAGGAGAUGCUUCGCAUCCAGCUGCCUGGGACCAUGAUCUCCACUAGCAGUGGGUUUACAUCUGGAUUGUGUGGCUCUUUUAUUCCUAUGCACCAAUGUACACCAUUGUAAUACACUCCCUCCCCCAGUGUAUUCAAUUGGCUGCUCCCAGCAUGUCACUUCAGGUUUUGUCCGGAGGGCACCAUGCUUCCCCUUCCUGCCCAGUUGUGAUGCAUGUAGUUUCCCACACAAGACCCAGCUACCCAUGUCAGAUGCCCCCUUGUAAAGAUUUUUUAAUUCAUCUUCUCAGUCCAUUCCCUCUGUAUUUCUUUCCAUCUGUCCUGCCUGGAGACACUGCUGCACCUCCCCCCCAAAAAAAAGAGUGAGAUGAAACGAGGAAGAGAAAACCUUGAUUCUCCCAGAGGAUAAAUGGACAGGUUGGGAGACAUUCUCCCCUCUAAAAUCCAUGGCAAAAUGAGAUAACUAUUUUAGAAUCAUUUUCUCCGACUAAUUUAUUUUUAAAAGCUAUUAAAUGACUUCCCAGUUUUGAAGCAGGCUUUUCCCCAGUGGUGUUUCAGACAUGUAACAAAGGCAAAAUAUCAUUUUAACUUCCCCUAUGUAAGGCUAAAAUAUGAAAUUAAAUUUCUCAAGUUCUGUCAUUUAUUUAUUUUUGGAUGGGUGCAUUAUGAUUUUAGACUUAGGUUACUUGUUCACCAUUGCCAGAACACGCCACCAUAAUCAUUUCCCAUUGUCUGAGUCUCCCAGCUGGAAACUUUCAAUUAAGAUUAAAUUAGCACCAAACCAGCCAACAAAAGAGCUCCAGAUGAGAAGUUCUGGUGAUGGAUUUCUAAAAUAUUUUUAAAGGGUUUCUAAAGAUUUUCUAAAGAGGCACAAAUUUUAGCGAACUGGCCUUUUAAAGGUAUGUUUGGCCAUUAAUACCAGUGAAGUCCAUGCUCCUUUGUGAACAAGUGAUAGAAAGAGAGGAGCAACUUUUGCCCAGCAGGAGGAUGUCUUAGAUCCUAGGUUUUGCGAUACUGUAAUGAUGUAUCCUACCCUAGCUGCUUUUCUUAUCUGUGACCUGAAUAGAGUCUUCUUGAUUCUUACAAGACUGCCAAUCAUACCUAUCCCACCAGUCAAAGGUGCCAUUUAUAGUUCAAAACCACCCUCGGUCAGUGAGGCUGCUAGUGUUUCUUUGGCAUCCUUUUCCUUGGUACAUGUGAGAUGAGAAGUGAUCCUUACGUUCAGUUUGAACCUCAGUUCCAUAACAUGGCACUUAUGGACGGUUCUAGUAGGUAUCCUUAGCCCAUAGAAGCCCUUGGCAUGUGAGAUUGCAGACUGUUAGAGAAGAGCAUAUGCUUGAGGUCCAUUAUUCUAAAUCAGCUAAUGUUCUUUAAGAGGAUACAUGUGAUCAGCCUCAUGAGUGACCAAGGGUUUUCUGUCUUGAAAUACAUGAGAAUAUGCGGUACAACAAUUUGCUCAAAGAACCAUCUUUGUCUGGCCAAUCAUCUUUCUAAAUAUGACAUCUGAUGGCUGUAGUGGAUAUGUCAAAACAAACAGCAAUACAGAGCAAAAGCUGAAUGUGUCAUUUCUCUCCUGUCCACGUUUUCUUUAGCCUGAGGUGAUGAAUGCCCAAAAGAUGAGAGAUGCACCAUGGAGCAAUGCCUGUCCUUCUUCCUAUUCACUUUCAAACUAAGCAGCUCUGUGUUGUAUCCAUACAGUACCCAUUACACAGUCCCAAAUGUCAGUGAUUUCUACAAGCCCGUUUUCAUUAAAUGAUAAGUGUUCCCUUUACUAAAGAUGAAUGACAAUCUUUCCUUUGCCAGGCUCAAUUAGAAACAAAGCAUGAUAAGUAAUAAGUAAAAAGCACUAUAUUUUGAGUCACAGUCCAUAUUCUGCAUACAGAUGACCUUGCUCUCAAAUCUUUAUGCUUUCCUUGUCCCAUGAAAUAGUUUCCAGGCUGUCAGCUGCUAGCAUAAACUGAGUGGGGGAGCUGGAGAAAGGCUUACUUUUCAGAAAGCCUGCAACAUCUCAAACAGAUGGGAACAAGCCCAGUUUCCAUCACCUGGAAGUUGAGACAUGGAAAACAUGAGCAGGCUGAAAAUAGGAGCACUGUAUAAUAUAUAGAAAAAGGAAAAUUUGGGAGACUGAAACAGCAAUAGAAACACAUUCUGUGAAAGGUAAAGGUUCCCCUUGACAAUUUGUCCACUCGUGUCCGACUCUAGGGGGCGGUACUCA